UCGGGGACGGGGGUCGACGGUGAGGACGACGGCCCCGUGUGGAUCCCCAGCCCAGCCAGCCGGAGCUACCUGCUCAGCGUGCGGCCCGAGACCAGGAGCACCUUCUGCUCCAUCAUUGCUCAGCUCACAGAGGAGACCCAGCCGCUAUUUGAGACCACGCUCAAGUCCCGGUCUGUGUCCGAGGACAGCGACGUCAGGUUCACCUGCAUCGUCACAGGAUACCCAGAGCCAGAGGUGACCUGGUACAAGGAUGAUACGGAGUUGGACCGCUACUGUGGCUUGCCAAAAUAUGAGAUCACUCAUCAGGGCAACCGCCACACACUGCAGCUGUACAGGUGUCGAGAAGAAGAUGCCGCCAUCUACCAGGCCUCUGCCCAGAACAGCAAGGGCAUUGUGUCCUGCUCAGGGGUCCUGGAGGUGGGCACCAUGACCGAGUACAAGAUCCACCAGCGCUGGUUCGCCAAGUUGAAGCGCAAGGCUGCAGCAAAGCUGCGCGAGAUCGAGCAGAGCUGGAAGCACGAGAAGGCGGCGCCCGGGGAGGCCGACACGCUGCGCAAGCUCAGCCCCGACCGCUUCCAGCGAAAGCGGCGAUUGAGCGGGGCUGAAGCGCCAGGCCCCUCCGUCUCUACCAGGGAGCCUGAGGGUGGGACCCUGGCGGCUUGGCAGGAGGGAGAGACUGAGCCUGCUCAGCACUCAGGUUUGGGCCUGAUCAACAGUUUUGCUUCUGGAGAAGUGACCACCAACGGGGAGGCUGCCCCCGAGAAUGGGGAGGACGGAGAGCAUGGCUUGCUGACAUACAUCUGUGACGCCAUGGAGCUGGGGCCUCAGAGAACCCUCAAAGAGGAGAGUGGGGCCAAGAAGAAAAAGAAAGAUGAGGAAUCCAAGCAAGGCCUGCGGAAGCCAGAGUUAGAGAAGGCAGCCCGAAGCCGCCGUUCUUCAGAAAACUGCAUCACCAGCUCAGACGAGCCUGACUCCUGUGGGACUCAGGGACCCGUGGGCGUGGAGCAGGUUCAGACCCAGUCUAGAGGCAGGGCUGCACGGGGGCCUGGGUCCUCUGGCACAGAUAAUACCAGGAAGCCAGCCUCUGCUGUGGGCACUCCAGACAAGGCCCAGAAGGCCCCUGCCCCGGCGCUGGCCCCUGGCCCAGGCCCAGGCCCAGGCCCAGGCCAGGAAGUGUAUUUCUCCUUGAAGGACAUGUACCUGGAGAACACCCGGGCAGUCAGGCCUCUGGGGGAAGAGGGCCCCCAGACCCUGAGUGUCCGGGCGCCUGGAGAGAGUCCCAAGGGGAAGGCACCCCUCAGGGCUAGAAGCGAGGGGGUGCCUGGCACUCCUGGCCAGCCCACACACUCCUUGACCCCCCAGCCAACUAGGCCUUUCAACAGAAAGAGAUUUGCCCCUCCAAAGCCCAAAGGAGAGGCCACCACUGACAGCAAGCCCAUUUCUUCUCUGAGUCAAGCUCCAGAAUGCGGGGCCCAGAGCUCAGGAAAGUCCCCACCUCAGGCCUCUGUGCAGGUGCCGACCCCCCCUGCCCGGCGGAGACAUGGCACCCGGGACAGCCCGUUGCAGGGGCAAGCAGGCCACAGGACUCCAGGAGAGGUCCUGGAGUGCCAGACAACCACGGCUCCUACCAAGUCGGCCAGCAGCAGCUCUGAUGUAGCCUCCAUUGGUUGUAGCACCUCCGGAAGUCAAGGUAUCAUUGAACCCAUGGAUAUGGAAACCCAGGAGGAUGGGAGAACGUCUGCUAACCAGAGAACUGGAAGCAAGAAGAAUGUGCAGGCAGAUGGGAAGACACAAGUGGAUGGAAGGACCAGGGGAGAUGGAACACAGACAGCCCAGAGGACACGGGCAGAUAGGAAGACGCAGGCAGAUGCUGGGACACAAGAAAGCGAGAGGCCACAGUCAGACAGGAGUGCACAGAAGGGCAUGAUGACACAGGGCAGGGCAGAGACACAGCUAGAAACAACACAGGCAGGUGAGAAGAUACAGGAAGACAGGAAGGCCCAGGCAGAUAAGGGCACACAGGAAGACAGAAGGAUGCAGGGAGAGAAGGGGAUGCAGUCAGAGGGGUGCGCACCCACAGCCACGGAAGGUCAGUCAGAGCAGGAGGCGGCAACCAGCCUUGGCCCACCAUCCAGAACCCCCGAACUCCCACCUACUGUGGGUCCUAGAGCUCCUCCGAAUAUUGAAUGUUUUACACAGACCCCAGAAGGGUCUUGUUUCCCAGAAAAACCUGGUUUCCUGCCCAGAUCUGAGGAGGCAGUAGUAACAGCCUCCAGGAACAAUGAGCAAACUGUGCUGGGUCCCCUGUCAGGGAACCUCAUGCUCCCAGCACAGCCGCCCCAUGAGGGGAGUGUGGAGCAGGUGGGAGGAAAGAGAUGCCAAGGGCCACAGUCGUCAGGCCCAGUCGAGGCCAAGCAGGAGGACAGCCCGUUUCAGUGCCCCAAGGAGGAGCAGCCAGGGGGAGUGCCGUGUAUGGAUCACGGUGGCUGUCCUCCAGCUGGCUUGAGCCAGGAGGUACCCACGAUGCCUUAUCUUCCUGGAACUGGGCUGACUGCUAGCCCAAAGGAGGGGCCAAGUAGCACCCCGACUUCUCAGCAUGGGAGCACAGCUGCCUUCCUUCCCUCUGAGGAUCAGGCCCUGAUGAGUUCUGCCCCAACACUGCACCUGGGGCUGGGGACCCCCACUCAGAGUCACCCACCAGAAACCAUGGCCACCAGCAGUGAGGGGGCCUGCGCCCAGGUACCAGAUGUGGAGGGGCGGACCCCAGGUCCCCGGAGCUGUGACCCUGGCCUCAUAGAUUCCCUGAAGAACUACCUGCUUCUGCUGCUGAAGCUGUCCAGCACAGAGACAAGUGGAGCAGGGGGAGAGUCCCAGGUGGGGGCAGCCACCGGAUGUCUGGUGCCCUCAGCCACUCUGACACCCACUGUGGAAGUGGCUGGGCUUAGUCCCCGGACAUCAAGGCGCAUCCUGGAGCGUGUGGAGAACAACCACCUGGUGCAGAGUGCACAGACCCUGCUGCUGAGCCCCUGUACCUCCCGCCGCCUCACCGGCCUCCUGGACCGCGAGGUGCAGGCUGGCCGCCAGGCCCUUGCUGCUGCCCGAGGCUCCUGGGGUCCUGGUCCCAGCUCCCUCACUGUCCCGGCCAUUGUGGUAGAUGAGGAGGGUCCUGGGCUGGCCUCAGAAGGAGCCAGUGAGGGUGAGGGAGAGGUUUCCCUUGAGGGGCCUGGCCUCCUGGGGGCCACUCAGGAGAGCAGCAUGGGUGGUCAACUGGGGGAGGCGGGUGGGCAGGCAGCCCCUGGGCAGGGACCUUCAGCAGAGAGCAUAGCCCAGGAGCCCUCUCAAGAGGAGAAGUUCCCAGGGGAGGCUCUGACAGGUCUCCCGGCAGCUACACCUGAGGAACUGGCUCUAGGGGCCCGAAGGAAGAGAUUUCUCCCUAAGGUCAGAGCAGCAGGAGACGGGGAGGCCACCACAUCUGAAGAAAGGGAGAGCCCCACAGUUUCCCCCCGGGGGCCCAGGAAAAGCCUGGUGCCUGGGUCCCCGGGGACUCCAGGGCGGGAGAGACGCUCCCCUACACAGGGCAGAAAAGCAAACAUGCUGGAGGUGCCUCGGGCAGAGGAGGAGCUGGCAGCAGGAGACCUGGGCCCCAGCCCCAAGGCUGGCGGUCUGGACACAGAGGUGGCCCUGGAUGAAGGCAAGCAGGAGGCACUGGCCAAGCCCAGGAAAGCCAAAGACCUGCUGAAAGCCCCACAGGUGAUCCGGAAGAUUCGGGUGGAGCAGUUUCCUGAUGCCUCCGGUAGCCUGAAGCUCUGGUGCCAGUUUUUCAACAUUCUUAGUGACUCAGUCUUGACAUGGGCCAAGGAUCAGCGCCCAGUGGGCGAGGUGGGCAGGAGCGCAGGGGAUGAGGGGCCGGCGGCCUUGGCCAUCGUGCAGGCCUCCCCCGUAGACUGCGGCGUGUAUCGGUGCACCAUCCACAACGAGCACGGCUCGGCCUCCACCGACUUCUGCCUCAGCCCUGAGGUGUUGUCAGGAUUCAUCGCCAGAGAAGAAGGUGAAGUUGGAGAAGAGAUUGAGAUGACCCCUAUGGUGUUUGCUAAGGGUCUGGCUGACUCUGGCUGCUGGGGGGACAAGCUCUUUGGGCGACUGGUAAGCGAGGAGCUCCGAGGGGGUGGAUAUGGGUGUGGCCUUCGGAAGGCCUCCCAGGCCAAGGUCAUCUACGGGCUGGAACCCAUCUUCGAGUCGGGCCGCACGUGCAUCAUCAAGGUGUCCAGCCUGCUUGUGUUUGGGCCCAGCAGUGAGACUUCUCUUGUGGGCAGAAACUACGACGUCACCAUCCAGGGGUGCAAGAUCCAGAACAUGAGUCGGGAGUACUGCAAAAUCUUCGCAGCAGAAGCCCGGGCCGCGCCUGGCUUUGGGGAGGUGCCUGAGAUCAUCCCACUGUAUCUGAUCUACCGGCCUGCAAACAAUAUCCCAUAUGCUACCCUGGAGGAAGACCUGGGCAAGCCCCUGGAGUCUUACUGUUCUCGGGAAUGGGGCUGUGCUGGGGCUCCGACAGCAUCUAGCAGCUCUGAGGCCAUGCAGAAAUGCCAGACCUUCCAGCACUGGCUCUAUCAGUGGACAAAUGGCAGCUUCCUUGUCACAGAUUUGGCAGGGGUUGACUGGAAGAUGACUGAUGUGCAGAUUGCUACCAAACUUCGAGGAUACCAGGGCCUCAAGGAAAGCUGCUUCCCUGCCCUGCUGGACCGGUUCGCCUCCUCCCACCAGUGCAACGCCUACUGUGAGCUGCUGGGGCUAAUACCCCUCAAGGGCCCUGAGGCGGCCCACCCCCAAGCCAAAGCCAAAGGCUCUAAGAGUCCAUCUGCUGGCAGGAAAGGCUCCCAACUGAGUCCUCAGCCCCAGAAGAAAGGCCUCCCUAGUCCUCAGGGCACCCGGAAAAGUGCUCCAAGUUCCAAGGCCACCCCUCAGGCCUCAGAGCCAGUCGCCGCUCAGUUGUUGGGACAGCCUCCCACCCAAGAGGAGGGCUCCAAGGCCCAGGGCAUGCGGUAGCCUCAACAGGAGGCUGGGGGCCUCCACCCAGCAGCAGACCAACCAGGAAGCAGCUUGAACCAGAUGGAGACUUUCCAAAUAUGGAACUAACUGGAGAAGGUGCACGAAGGAGACACCACUUGGGGACCUCUCUGAGCAGGCUCUCCUGAAUCAGCUUGUCAUCAGAUGGCUUUGGUGCAUGGCACAUAGCCCACUGGCCUCUUCUGGUGCCACUGUCACCCAGGGCUCCCAGGCCUCAAGCAGGCCCCACCUCCGAGUGCCUGGCAGCCUAGGCCCUCCUUGAAGUUUACACUUUGUCACUGCUGGAGGCUCCCCUGAGUCCUCUGCAUGAGUUCUGCACCCCAAGCUCUUGCCCCAGCCCAGUCCAGCAGCAGAUGUUAUAAUCUGAGUGAGGACAUGCAGGCCAGCAUUUCCCCGCCUGCAUUUGCCUGGCCCUGAUCUCGCCUGUCCUCAGGGAUCCAGACUUCCUCUGCUGGUCUGGCCUGGUGACUCUCAGGGUAUCUUCUCCUUCCAGCUGCUUUGGCUCACUGAUCUCAGCUCAUCCUGCAACUAACCGUCCUUGAGCCCAGAUGAGGCUCAGGGCCCUUCCAGAGCCUGUCAUGUCCUUGUGCAGUGGCCUUUGAUGUGUGUUCAUGCUCUUCCCCCUUCACUCACUCACCUGCUUCCCAUGCUCCCUUGUACCCCCUCGCCACAUCCCUGUCUUGGGGCCCAGCUGCAGCCUGCUGCCUGCCCUUCAUGGCUCUGCGCAUGGCCCUUUGCUUGAGGGCUCCCCACUCCCUGCCCACCAAUACCCAGGUGACGAACAGACCCUCUGGCCUCUCACCCCACUUCAGUGCUCCCUUCCCCAACUUCUCUCGGGCUCUUUGCUCACGAGGUGAGAGCUGGCAUGAGGGUUGUGUCAACAGCUGUAGCCAGAGAGAGGUGUUGACUCUGAGAGACCUUGCACUCCAUACUGAAAGGAGGUGGGGUCACAGUGAAUUUAACAUCCCCUCUCAACCAGGAGUGGAGGGCUAGGUCCCUUCCCCAUGGGGAGUACACUUGGGUGUUCUAGGAGGGAUGCAGUCUAUCCAUGCACUUGGGUGGAGGGGAGUCUCUGUGCCUGGGAAUUAGGACCCCUGCCCCUUUUGAUCAGUUGUUGGGACAGCCUCCCGCCCAAGAGGAGGGCUCCAAGGCCCAGGGCAUGCGGUAGCCUCAACGGGAGGCUUUAGCUUUUGAUCCUGGGGCCCCAGCUCUGGGUCCUCAUGUGUGGGCCCCCAAGGACCCAGCAGCCUGGGUCCUUCCAGAGCAUCCCUCCUGGAGGCCUGGGAUGGGGUAGGUCUGCAGCUAGCCUGCUCCCCUUGGAAUGCAAUAAAGGCAGCAUUGUGUGCCCUGCUUGCCCUCAUCUGGUGUGGUUGGAGGUCUGUGGAGUCAGGGUCCCCCUCUCCCAGGCAGCUUCUCUGAGGGCAUUCUGUAGUCCCAGGCCCACUGGAAAAAUGAAUCUAUAUUUUGGUUCCUGGACCGAAGUUCAGUUGCAGCCUUCUGUGGCCACAGAAAGACAGCCUGUGCUUCUUGCACAACUGAGCUGCUGGUGUGUGCCCCUUAGCAGGGUGUCUGGGGACUUAUACCUUUGGAGUUGCUCUUCAUUCAGAAGAGGAACACAAAGGAAGCCACCCAGGAAGGAAGCACAGAGCUGGGGGCUCUGGAAACGCCCUGUGUCUCUGGCUACAGCAAGACCAGCCCAGGAGCCCACCAGCACCUGCCUCUCAGCUACUUGCUGACCAUUUCCUGCUUCUCAAGCUGCAGAGAAGCUUUUCAUUCCCACCCCCACCCAGAACCUCCCCUUGCCUAACAUUUCCCCUCUAUGGUAACAUCUCUGACUUCUCUACCUCCUCUGUGCUCAGGCGACUCCACAUCUUCUGCCCCAGUGUGUCCCCACCUCUCCCAGCCUGUAUAUCCAGAUUACUUUGGUGAACUGAGAGCUGGAGUACUGUUCAUUCAUUUAUUCAUUCACCCACUCAUUCAGCAGACAUAUACUGAGCGCUACUUUAUGCCAGACCCUGGGCUGGCAGCUGUUUGGAGGCAAAGAUGUAUGAGGCCAUCUCAGGAGAGACUACCUGUUAGGAUUCUUGAGUUUUGACCAACAGAAAUGAACUUGGACCAACUUAAGCAAGGAAAAAGGUUCAUGGGAAGGAUGCUGGGAUAGCUCACAGAACCAAAAGAAUAGCUGAACAAUUAAUUGGCCUUGGGAAGGGUGGGAGCUGGGGCAACUACAAGGCUUGCCUCCCAGGAGCUGCUGUGGUUGGCACAUCAACACCAACUUGCCAUUGGGUCUAGUGGGUCCCCUUCCACUCGAUUCAAAUUCCAAGUGAAAGAAUCUGGCCUGGAGCUCAGGGCUUCAUAGAGUGGGAGGGAGGCAGUUUUCCAAAGGAUGCGGACUCUUGCCGCAUGGAAUGGUGGAGUACGGAAGGGUAGAAAGGGUUUGGUAGGCAAACCCUGAAGAUGCUUCUAACACACAUGCUGUUCUUCCCAUCUCAUGUAUGAUGACUCUCCCACAGACAACCAAAACCACAUUUCUCUCUGCUUAGGGAAUUCAAGAGCAUAUCUAACUUCGAAUUCCAGGGAUAAUGACACGGCUUGUAUUCUCCAAAGUCCAAUGUCACUAGGGAUAAUCUCCCUCUUUCAGUUUUAUCACAAUUCCAUUUUGAAAUUCUACAACCUGUAGAUUAACUGGUAAAAUUAACCAUAUUCAACCAAAAUUAUAUAACCCAGCAAGAAAGGAAGAAUGGGUAAAGUCUACAGUCCAUUUCUAGAACUGGUCAUGAGAACUCAUGUUUAUGAUGAUGGACUUUGGAUCUGGUGGAGUGACCCAAACCUUCAAUUCUGAAGCUCCUUAGUGGUCCUACCUGUGUGACAGGCAUUUACUAUUGGACUGGCAGUCCCAGGACAAACUCCAGGAAUCCCCCCAUGUCCAUCUCUACUCCUGCCCUCUUUUACGUAGCAGCAAUCAUAUUUUCCCUUGAUAGGGUUCAUCAUUCUAGAUACUCCCGUGACCUCUUUAUAAUAAACCUGAAGUGGCCUGGUGGCUGCCUCAGCUUCCAAUUCAGUUGAAUUGCUACUACGUCUUUGAGGAUGUGCUCCUUGCUGGGGGACUAAACUCUCCACACCAGCCCAGUCCCAAACCUCAAGUAUGAGAAAAGCAUUGAGAUCUAGCAAUAGCAGGGCCAUGUCCACACUGCGUCCUAUCCCUGAGGAGAAACAGCGCCAGGUAUGGUUGCCGGCUCCAAGCACAUGCUGCCUCCUGCAGGCCUGACCCAGCCUCUCGGGGUGUUGUUUCUGGUGCCACAGUUGAAUUUUCAACAAACCAUUUCACCACACUCUCAAGCCAGCUGCUGCUGGUUUGUGGGUUCCUGACAACAUGAGUGAAUGCCUACCCAUCAACCCAUUACUCUUCUUUUAGCUGUAAAGUGAAUUCUCCAGUUGGGUGCAGUAUGUGAGGAGGUCACAUGAUGUUUAUGGCAUUUGAUAAUUCCAUGGAUAUUGAUGGCAGGAGAGGCGUGAUGGGUUAGAAAAGCAAAUCCAAAUCCAGAACAAGGGCCCAAAAGAGCCAAGACAAGUUAGUGCCCCUCUCAGAGCCACAGGUGUAGAUGGGGAAGCACUGUGGACAGUGAGUGAGCUACCCACACACGACCCGCUGGUGUCUUCAGACCCUUAGCCUGGAGCGACAGUGUCCCGUUGAUAAUAGAGUGCACUGGCCAUGCCAGACUUUACAGCUAGGUGGUCAGAUAAGACCACUUCACAAGGGGCAGCAUGGCCACCGAGUGUGCCAGGGCCAAGUGUUUAGGUUCCCCCAGAGCCCAGUGGUGAGCCAGAGGGGCAUUUUGCACAAGGAUAAUGGUUACUUUUCUGCCGGAGCAUCGCUUGGCUCCAAAUCCUGGGUUCCCCUAUCAUAUUUUCUUGUCAGUACUUACUGCAAGCUAUAUAUGUCUCCUUGGUAUGCCACCAAUGGAAAGACACCUCACGCACCAUUGACCUGCCGGGUCAGGUGGCCUGAGGGCAGUGUCAGCUGCAUGAAAGACUUUCCCAGCUGGAAUGCCUUUGCCUGCUCUAGGCCCACCCCAAAGCUGGCAGCCUUCUAGGUCAGUUGGUAAAUGGGUUAGAACAAGAUGCCCCAAAGUGGCAUAAAUUGCGUGGAAUUAGGCCUUGGUGGCGAGGGAUUCAACAUACAGUCAUUUGUCCUACAUUAUGAAGGAAACAUUCUGACCUCAAACAGAUCCCUCAACCCUAGAACUUUAUAGAAGGGGCAGACCUUGGCAUUUUCACAUGAUUUAUCUCCCACUCUGAUUCACAUAUGUUUGACCAAGGCACUGGGCAGCUGCCGAUUUCCCGUCCCUUCUGUAGUCCCAGAUGAAUGGAUACAGAUCUCUUUGGGGAAGGCUGCAAGGAAGGUUCACAACAUGCAUCUAAGUGUUAAAAUAAGUUUUUCCUUCAAAAAGACAUUUGACUUCCUCUCCAUUUAAGGUCUGGAAAUCAAGUGGGAGAUCUUGACUUUACCUUGGCACUUGAGACAGACCUAUUGGCCCAGAAGUCUUUAGUUAAGGUCAUUACUAGGCCAUAUUUUAGGGGAGUCUGGCCUUUGUCAUUUCUGGGACCCACAGCUUGAGGUCUGGUUUCCAUGCCCUGUCCAUUACGAUGAGCGCCCUCUUUUGUUCCUUCUAUCUAUCUCUGCUGCCGAGAUCAGGGAGCCCACGUUCACAGCAGCUCUUUCAAGCAGCCUCCCAGGCCUAGAGAGGAAAAUCAGCAGAGCCUUGUGAAUUUAUUUCUCAUGGCAAGAAGGGAGCUCAUCUUCUGGGUCCUGCCAGAGGGCAGUGAGGGGGUUGAUGGGCUGGGUGCAUGCUAGGGACCCAAUCAAGCAUUUUUAUCUUUUGAAAUCUUUGAAUUCCUGCCUUUCUUGGAUGUUUGGUCUUUUGAUAUAAUUUAGCAUGGGCCGACAUUUGGUCCAGAUUUGUAUUAUCCAAGCCCCCCUAAAAUAGUAAGAACUGUAUCUCGCGAUUUGAGCUUUUACAUAGAAUGUAGAAUCUCUGGUGAGUGAACAUAUCAAUAAAGACAACCUGAACCAAAA